UAGCCUUCAAAUAUUCGAUGUGACAUGAAUUUUAGUCAGACUAAAAAAACAAACACCCUCUUUUUGAGCGCGACAUCUCGAGGGAUUUGAUUUGAGUGUUUCCUCCUCUUCUGUUCUCCAUCCGGGAGUAGUUAGAUUACCUGGAUGCCUUCCUAGAUACAAACAAAUCCACGCCAAAUCAAGCACACGUAAACAGACAGACCAGCGCAUCGACCACCUAAGCACGCCAUGAAUUUUUUUUUCUCUCUUCGCCUUCCCUCUAGCCAAACACACGCCGUGUAAUGUAAUCCCGUUCGUCGCUGAGCUGCGGCCGGGCGCAUGCAGAGCUCGCGUUGACGGCAUUGAUCGGCAGGUGCAGAACGAACGCCGAAGCAUCGAGCAAGCCAAAGAGCAGCGGCGAGGAUGAACGCGCCGCCGGGCGACGGCGGCGGCGGCAGCGCGCACGGCAUCUUCGGGGCGAGCGGCAUCAGCGGGUUCGGCUACGGCGUGGGCGUCUCCGUCGGCAUCCUCCUCGUCGUCUCCACCAUCGCGCUCGCCGUCUACUUCUGCACCCGCACCUCCAUGCCCGUCGCCGCCGCAGCCGGAGGAGGCGGCGGCUUCGCGCCCGGGCCGCAUCGCUCCGGCGAGGGCGACGUCGAGCGGGGCAUCGACGAGGCCACGCUCGAGACGUUCCCGGCGGUGGCGUACGCGGAGGCGAGGAAGGCGACGCCGGCAGCGCAGCAGCAGCAGGCGUGCUGCCCCGUCUGCCUCGACAGCUACGGCGACGGCGACGUGGUCCGGGUGCUCCCCGACUGCGGCCACCUGUUCCACCGCGCCUGCGUCGACCCGUGGCUCCGGCAGCGGCCCACGUGCCCCGUCUGCCGGACCUCGCCGAUGCCGAGCCCCAUGCCCACGCCGCUCGCCGAGGUCACGCCGCUCGCCUUAGCAAGGCAGUCCUGAGGGUUCGUGUGCCGCCUUCUUAUAGCACUCUGCUUCGUUUCUUACUCGGCUUAUAUUGGCGAUGCAUUUCGAUCGUGCACAGUAGGGGUGCAAUUAGGGUGCGAUCAGCUUGAUCAGGAGAUUCGGAAUUUGUGUAGAUUAGGGGGUGUAGAUUUGAGUAGAAUGUAGAAAGUUAAAGAGUUUCUUUUUUCUGUUUGAAGAAUUUGAAAUUUGAUCA